AUGACCAAUCGGGAUGAUACUGAACUGAUAACUGAUAUUUAUGACGUAGAAAUUUGGAAAACAUUUUCAUCACAAAUUGACACACCUGAUUCUUCGCGAUUUUGUACAUCGGAAACUGCUGAUUCCCAUUUAGGAAUUAUGAUAAAUCUCGAUUUGUUCCAACCAUUCGAUUCAUUAGCAUAUAGUUGUGGCAUUAUAUAUGGUAUUAUAUGUAACCUUCCACGUGAAGUUCAAUUUAAAAAGGAAAAUAUAUUGAUACUUGGACUAUUAUCAGGUCCCAAAAAGAAUGGAUAUGUUAUAUCAAUCUCAACAAAAUUUCUGAAUGGAAAAAGAAUUAGGUUAGCUGUCAUUUGCUGCUCAAAUAAUAUUCCAGCUGCUAGAAAAUUGUGCAGUCAUAUAUUAGCAUUAACCGGCUACUAUCAAUGCUAUAAAUGUGCAAAUACAGGAGGUAGAAAACUAAAUUUUGGUGGAUUCGAAGACAUGAAUGAUUGGUUUCAAGAAUGA